UCGUGUGGCGUAGUGAUUUCCGGUCGUCACAUGGAUUGCUUCCGACCCCUGAGUCGGCUUGUUAUUGCGUACUUGUUCAGGGCCAAUUUGUCUCCUUUCCAUGCGUGACGUGGCCAUUCGAAUUUCAGGGGCAUGGUUUGAGAUCGGAUCUUUUCAACAUGAAAGGCAUCAGACUGGACUUCGCAACAGACAGCACAAGACGUGCCAAGGGCACACAGAGACACCUCGACAGCUUGCAGGCGAUAGCCACUGUCGACUCAUGAAGAAAAGGCACAUGCUCAUGCUUUACUCUUACCUCAUUGUCAUCGUGUCUGGUACUCUGGAGCACGGCUUUCACCAAUUUAAAAAAGUGGCGGCUCAGGUUUUGGAUGACAUCUUGAGCGAAGGCGCCAAGGCCACGACGAAUUUGGCAAAUCGCGUCGGCAUAGGACUAGCUUCUCAUUAUGACUAUUCGCAAGUCACUUUUAACAUGACAAACAGAGUGGAUGCUCCUCGUGGCGAAUGCCAAGCUGUAUGCGCGGAAAAGGCCUGGAUCGAGCAUGCUCAAGUCUUGCAGGAACAUGGGCCAGAUCCUUGUUUUGGUACACUAUGGUCGCAUCCGUUUCAUGUUCUCUACCACUCACCAAACUCUGUCGCUGAUGGUCUCACUUUCGACACGCUUUUUUACAAAACGAAAAGAGAUCAGUGUCAAUGCAACAUUCUAUUGACGGUCUAUCAUCUCCUCAACAGUACUGAUCAGGGUUCGAUCCUUGUUGGGCCUCUCAAGAGCUUCCUGACAAACGUUGGCUGCACUGUUGGAGAUAUCACUGAACGGUUGUCUAUUGGAGACUGGGAAUUUAAUUUGUUUGGCGAUUUCUGCCAAGUGAUGGACAAUGCAUGCGACGAGAGGGGCAUCCUCCAGGCGAGCGCAGUAAAUGUGUCUGCUAAUGUCCACUGGGGCCCUACUCGGAGAGAUUACGGGAGUCUCGUAGAAUACACCCUCCCAUUCAUGCGUCUUUGGCAGGGCGACCAGGAUCCGGACGCCGGGUUGGUCGACGACCAGCCACCGCGACAGGCGCAACCGCGAGCAUGGCUUUGAUGUGCAUCUCGUUGGGUGUGAUAAAAAAGGUGUACCUCUUUCCCGGCGACGAGGUAUAGCAAGUAACGAUUGUACGAACGCAGGCUCUGCGUACUCAAGACAUACCUGAUAGUCGUAAUGCAGUACUGAUUCCUGAGUUCUCUCGAUUACGACUCUUCAUUGCAAGUCUG